UGGCCAUUGCUUGCAGCAUCUUCGUGAGGAUGGCCGCCAUCUCGCCUGUCGCCCCAUGCAAGCCAUGGCCACGAGCAGUGCCCAGGGUGGUCACGCAUGCCCCGCUUGCGCAAAGCGCUAAAACCGCACGCGGCACAUCGGCUGCAUCUGGUGGGCACCGGGCAGCCCUGGCGCUCGCGGGUGCCGAGUGCGCUGGGCGCGCUCGGCGCGCGGGCCGCGCACGGCGCUCCUUGCGGAGGGCUGACGAGGGGAAGGCGAGGGACCUGUGGCGGCAGGCCUUUGAUGUCGAGGUGGAGAGGGCGGAGCGCUUGGGAGGAGACUCCGUUCCAGCGCCGGGGGACGAUGCACCUGUAGCAGAGUGGCAAGCAGCCUAUGAAGCGUUAAAGGCGGCAAAUCUGGAGCUCGAGCUCGAAGCAGUUGCUCGUCGACGGGCGGAGAUGGAGAAGGAGAAAGCCGAAGCCAAAGAUGCCUCAGCGCCUUCUCCAAGUCCCUUGCCACCCAAAGAGGCGCCGAAAGUCGAAGCUGAACUUGGUCAAAGAGAUGACGAAUCUCCCAAGGUGCUUAGCGUUCUGGACCUGGCCACGAUGGACGUGGGCUCGGAGCAGCUGGCAGACGCCGCGCGGCUCCGGGACGCCCUGGGCCCUGGCACCUUGCCGCUUCUGGCGGCACUCUUCCAGGCCGGGGGAGCCGCGGCGGCGGAGGUGCGGGAUGCCCUGGACUUGCCGGGCAGCGGGUUCACGGUGACCAGCAACCUGAACGUGGGCCGCUGCAUCGUGGUCCGCGGGCUGCUCGCGCGCGACACCGGGGGGCGAGGCUCCCCGCAAAGCUUCGUGGAGGCGCGCCAGGCGGCGCUGGACCGACGCUACGGCCAGGGCAAGCUGACCGUCUUCUUGCAGCGGGAGCGGCCUCCGCCGGCUCCGAGCUUCAGCCUGUGGCCCAAGGGCCAGUUCGACCCCGUGAAGGACUUCAACGCCGAUGCCAAGGAGUGGCCGGCGGCUUUGCUGGUCUUCCAAGCCUCUGAUCUGCCGCUGGAGGACGGCUCAGACACCGGCAGGCGCCUGUUCAUCGGCGCAACCUUUGCAGCGACGGCAGCCUUUUGCAACAUCAUCGCCGCGGCGGUGGGGUCCCUCAAUGGGGAGCGCAGCGAUGCGCUGCUGAAUCGCUCGGUGGAGGAGGUCACCUAUAGCCCUUUGCUGGGUGUGGCAGUGACACGCCUGGAUCCCAACGGGGUGGUGCCGGUCGGGCUUGGGCUGAUACUGACGCUGGUUGCGCAAGGCUUUGCCAGGGGCCAGGUUGCAAGGCAGAACGGAGUGAAGAUCCGCGGUGGGUAUUUCAUCCCCUCCUCCAGCCUUGGCACGCUGGGGCGCACCUGGUCGAUAGCUGGGCUGGCGCCCUCGCGCAAGACGCAGAUGGAGGUGGCGCUGGCGGGGUCGUUUGGCGGGUUCGCGCUGGCCAGCUUCCUGUGCCUGGCGGGCGUGCUGCGGGGGGACGCUUCCGAGGGGUUGAUCCUCGUGGAGGUCACACGCCUGCCGCUGCUGCUGGCCCAGGCUUUGGGUGACUCCUUCCCGGCGGACGCCGCCCAGACGGUGCUGAGUUUGAGCAGCGGAGCCUCUGAGGCCCAAAGUGCGGCUGCCAAAGUGCCGCUGGACCCGCUGCUGCUGAGCGGCAGCCUGGCGCUCACAGCGCAGGCGGUGCAACUGCUGCCGCUGCGGGGCUUUGACGGGCACCUGCUGGCAAGGUAUUUGUUUGGCCCCCGCCCGCUGCAGCUGAUAGAGCUGUGCACGGGUGUGGUGGUGCUCUUGGGCGCCGUGGAGCGGCUGGGGCCCAACGCCAACAGCGCGGUGUGCUCCUCCGCCCUCUUCGCGUGGUUCGCCCGGUUCCUGGCGGCCAGGGAGGCUCCGAUGCCGCCGCGGGAAGAUUUCGAUGAUGAGCCAACUGCCGCGCCGGCCACAGCUGCUGCGGCUGCGCUGGCACUCUUUGCCGCGGGAGCAAUUCUGAUUCCCGGUAAGCUCGUGCCUUAUGGCCUCAUGGGCACAUCUCUGUAAGUUCCGCCUGGCUGGACGCUCAUGAAGCACAA